AAGCAGCCUCCUGUCUCUAGCAGAAAUCGCCAGUCAUUUGCCAGGCGUCACGUCGGAAAGUCAGCUAAUAAAUCUCCUCUUUUUGCAUCUACGGUGGCCUUGUAUUUAUUUGUUUUGGUCUUUUCUUUUCUUGUGGAUUUUUACUUCUGGUUGACGUCUGUAUUUUGGUUUGUGACGACAUGUAGUAUACCUUAACUAAGAAAUGUCUUUUAGCUUGACAUUGUGUUACGUCGAAAUGAAUGUUAUCUCGUCCGUCGCCUCGUUCAGAUAACACGUGUUUUUGUCGUCUCACUUCACCCGAAUCUAGUUCGUGAAGAUGUUUUACAAGCCCAGACCUGGACCUGGUGGUAGCCACAAUGGAGUGGUUAGUGGCUUCCACAUCAAGUCAUUCCCUCGAGUGUGGAAUAGGUGGGCUGUGGUGGUAAAAUUCUUCUUCGGUCUCAUUAUUGGAAUUGUUUUGGCCAGCCAAUUGCAGCUGUUACUCAUAUCAUCUAGUGCAUGUGUACCAUACAAGCUAUCUCCAGUUCAUCGAAGGUUAAAAGUGAAUAACAUUCAAGAACGAACAGAUAAUGAAACCAGAAACAGACAGUUGCUGUUAGUUGGAGUCAUGACAGCUGACAAGUACAUUGCGACCAGAGCCAAAGCAGUUUACGAAACUUGGGGCACCAGAGUUCCUGGAAAAUUAGUAUUCUUCACUUCUGACUCUCAGAAUGCUACUGACGAUUUGCCAGUAGUCAGGCUGAAAGGUGUAGAUGAUUCCUAUCCACCUCAAAAAAAGUCAUUCAUGAUGCUCAAAUACAUGUAUGAAAACUAUGGUGACAAAUUCGAAUGGUUCAUGAGAGCCGAUGACGAUGUAUUUGUAAAAACCGAACGGCUGGAGCUCUUCCUACGAAAUAUUAAUAGCAGUCAACCUAGAUUCAUUGGACAGGCCGGAAAAGGAAUUGCGGAAGAAUUUGGUUUGCUGAGCCUCGAGUAUGACGAGAAUUAUUGUAUGGGUGGCCCGGGAAUGAUAUUCAGUCACGUCACCCUGUCUCGGGUUGCACCCCACGUCAAGGACUGCUUAAAGAAUCUCUACACUACACACGAGGACGUCGAGCUGGGAAGAUGUGUACAAAAGUUUGCAGGCAUUCCGUGCACCUGGUCCUACGAGAUGCAGAACAUCUUCCAUCACAGUUCUAGUGGGCGGACGGCAUUCACCGGUCCAUUGAAAUCUCGCGAAGUUCAUCGAGCCAUCACAUUACAUCCCAUCAAAGAACAUGCACACAUGUACCGCCUCAACAACUUCCUACAGGGAGUUUCUGUACGAGAGAAAAUCUACGAAGGGCUCAAAAUUAGAAGAGAAAUGGCUAGUUCAGUUGAACAACUCCGCAAACGUCUCGGGCCAUCGUGGGUACCGCCUGACUUGAACGAUCUUCAAACGCUGGGAUUGGCGCCCAGUCUAAACAAAUUUGUACCACAAGACGAGAGUGAAAUUCUGACUUGGAAUUUCCUAGCGCGGUCAGUCGAUUCGACGGAAACUGUUAACCCAAGGCGCGCCAUCGACGCUCCGUUACGCGAGGGCGUGGAGGAUGUGAUACGAGAAGUCAUGGAAGGGAUCAAUGCCAUCUCGAAAGAAAGAGGUCGUGUCAUUGACUUCAAAGAGCUACUCUACGGAUAUUACCGAGUCAACCCGCGACUCGGCGUUGACUACAUACUGGACUUGCUCUUGGUGUACAAGAAGUACCGAGGGCGAAAAAUGAUAUUUCCCGUCCGGCGGCAUGCGUACCUUCAACAGGCGUUUGGACCUUUGCAAUUGCGUAGGAGCCCUCUAGUCGCUCACGAGUCUUCCAAUAGGAUACAUUUUGUUCUACCGCUCUCCGGCCGAUUGGCUAUUUUUCAGCGUUUUAUGAACAAUUUUCAACGCGUCUGCGUAGAACCUGACGAAAAUGUUCGACUGGUCAUUGUCCUGUACCCUACAAUGGAAAACGAGGAUCCAUCUGAUGAGAUCAAGAGCAUCGUACUGGCUUUUCAAAGGCGAAUUCGUGGUCGCAAGCUUCAAGUGGAACUGAUUGAGCGACAAGAAGCGUUCGCUCGUGCAGCUGCCUUGGAAACGGGCAAAUCGAGCUGUCAACUCGAAGAUGAUUGUCUGUUGGCCUUUAUUGACGUGGAUAUGGUUUUCACAGAGAAAACGUUGCACCACAUCAGAUCGCAUACGAUCCGUGGCCGCCAAGUGUACUUCCCCAUUGUUUUCAGUCAGUUUGAUCCGUCUUUCAGAGCCCCGCUGACCUAUUCUGUUGACUCUGAAAUCGCUGUUGACGUCUUCGAGAUCGACGACGACCGGGGGUACUGGCGUUUCUACGGCUUUGGUAUCGUUAGCGUCUAUCGCAGUGACCUGGAGAGGGUGGGUGGCAUGAACACGUCCAUUCAUGGAUGGGGCCAAGAGGAUGUCGAUCUUUACGAUCGAACCGUAGCCCACGCGGAUUUGGCUGUUUUCCGGGCACCUGAUCCCGCACUCGUCCACGUCUUCCACCCGAUUGCCUGCGAUGGUUCCAAAUUGACGGACAAGCAGAAGAAGAUGUGCAUCGGUACACGUGCAGGAACUUAUGCGAGUCAACAGCGGCUGGCCCGUUAUUGGAUUGACAAUCACUCGUACGCAGGCGAAUAAGAACGUCAAAUGGUCAGUUUUUCUUCCUAACCCGGAACAGUUUUCUUGCCAUUCCUUUAGUUUAUUAUGCGAUGUGAAGAAAUCGAUAAUGGAUUUCACUACCGUGCUGUGCCUUUUUCGUAUUCUAGUGCGGAUCUAAUCAAUACAUCGCCAAGAGUGAGCCU